UAGAGAUUCAUCAAAUUGAUUAAAACUCAGCUCGUAAGCAAAAUAAACAACUCGAAUUUUUGGUUAACAGAUCUGGAGGGGAAAUAACAGGCAGUUCAGCAUUUGAUCUUUUACUCAGAUGAUUUUAUUGGUUCUAAAUACAGUCAGCCUGCCAUGCACAUUGUAUCUUACUGUGACACAGUUCUGGUGGAUGCCUUCCCUGAAACAGUGACGUGACUUGAUGGAUCUUCAUUUUCCCACCAAUAAUAUGAGUGAGAUGAAUGAUAUAUUCAUAGAGUUCUACCAAAAAAAGGCAGACUAUAUAUGUCAUCUUCAUAUAAAAACAGAAAGUAGAAGACUGAAAAAGCUUCUUUUGUCUCCGUCAGAAGGCCCAAGAACCUCAUGCUCAUUUCCAACAUCACAUUCUUCAUGCCCUCUGUGUUGACACUAGUAGGGAUCCCAGGCCUAGAGUCUGUGCAGUGCUGGAUUGGGAUUCCAUUCUUUGCCAUGUACCUCAUUGCUAUGAUUGGAAACUCCUUGCUUCUGACUAUCAUAAAAUCAGAACGCAGCCUCCAUGAGCCAAUGUACAUUUUCCUCAGCAUGCUAGGAAUCACAGAUAUUACACUUGCUACCAGCAUUGUGCCCAAGAUGCUUGGAAUCUUCUGGUUUCAUAUGCCACAUAUCUAUUUUGAUUCCUGCUUGCUUCAAAUGUGGCUCAUCCACACAUUUCAGUGCAUCGAGUCAGGCAUCCUGCUGGCCAUGGCCCUGGACUGUUAUGUUGCCAUCUGUUAUCCACUGAGGCAUGCCGCCAUCUUCACCCACCAGCUAGUCACCCAAAUAGGCACUGUGGUUACACUCAGGGCUGCCAUUAUUGUAGCCCCAUGCCUAAUACUGAUAAAGUGCAGGCUUAAAUUUUAUCAUACAACUGUCAUCUCCCACUCCUACUGUGAGCAUAUGGCUAUUGUGAAACUAGCUGCAGAAAAUGUCCAGAUCAACAAGAUCUAUGGUUUGUUUGUGGCCUUCACAGUAGCAGGAUUUGACCUCACAUUCAUCACCUUGUCCUACAUCCAGAUAUUUACCACAGUUUUCCAUUUGCCCCAGAAGGAGGGAAGGUUGAAGGCACUCAAUACCUGCAUUGCUCACAUCUGUGUCUUCCUCCAACUCUACCUCCUGUCGUUCUUCUCCUUCUUCACACAUAGGUUUGGUUCUCGUAUCCCCCCUUAUAUCCAUAUCCUGUUUUCCAGCAUUUAUUUGCUGGUCCCUCCAUUUCUCAAUCCACUUGUCUAUGGCAUAAAGACCAAGCAGAUCUGCAGUCACGUGGUGAAAAUGCUUAGUUCUUAAAAUCCAUGCUAAUUGAUACAUUCAUGUUUCUUCGUGCAACAA